UUCUUGCAGGCACGCAUUGAGAGAGCUCGCUCCUCUCUUUCAUGGCGGAAUCAACCGAGGACGCGAGCAGAAACGGAAGGGACGACGAAGGAGAUGCAGACGCAGAAGAUUACAUGGGGGACCUCUCUCGCUUCCUUCCUUCCGACGAGCCCGACCCUCCUAAGCGCUCCUCCAAGAAGAUUUCGAAUGCUAAGCCCUUGCCUGUUCAAUCCUCCAACAAGAAAACCAAGUUCCUUAACUGGCAAGAAAGGCGGAAACUUGAGAUAGAGCGGAAGCAACAAGAAGAGGAUGAGCAGACUCUGGCCGGAAUCGAGGCUCCGAUUCCGGAAUCCAAUGUCGGAUUCAAGCUUUUGAAGCGGAUGGGCUACACACCCGGUUCGGCCCUGGGAAAGGAGGGUUCGGGGAAGGCUGAACCUGUGGGGCUCAAGAUUCGGCGCUCGCGAGCUGGUAUUGGAAGGGAGGACCCACAUAAAGAGAAGAAAAAGCAGGAAGAGAUUAGGUCAGUGAAGAAGAUAAGGAAAGAGGAGUCCUUGAUGGAAGAGUUCGGAUCUCGGCAAAAAUCACAGUGGCGGAGUCGGAGGAUAUUUGUAAAUUUCCAGAAGGCAAAGGCUGCACUGGAUCAAUUAGAGAAUAAGGAAUUUCCGGAGCCCGAGAAGAAUGAGGACGAGGAGGAGGGUGAACAGGAUGAAGAGGAAGAGGAAGUAAUUACGGAAGAGGAUUUACUGGCUGUAUUGAUGAAACUAAGAGAUGAGUAUAACUACUGCCUCUUCUGUGGAUGUUGGUAUGGAUCUAAAGAAGAACUGUUAUCCGACUGCCCGGGGACAGAAGAAGAUGACCAUUAGAAUGCCAGGACGAAAUGAUUGUCCACUUGCCACAAACUUGAAUGGUGCAGCUCGUGAUACAAAAGUCAGAGGAAGAAACUUGCUUUUGGUCAGAGAAUUUUCGGAUCGAUUUAUUUGGUGGACUCAUUGGAUUUAUAACUCUGGUGCACGUUUAAGAAGCAACGACUAAUGUGUCCUUGAUUGCUAUGUGCAUCGGAAGUGAUGCAACCGUGGCUGAUUUAUGGAUUAUUUGCCUUGUUCGAGGCAGGGGGAUAAAGGUCAUUAAGAUUUCUACUCACAUGCUCCAUUCCGUUGGAUUGUCUAGAGUUGUUGCGUAGCAUGUUCUCGAGAAGCAUCAGACAGGGCUAGCUCUCCCCAUGGGUUUCUUGUAAUCAGUCGAAAUUUCACUCAUGUAACAUUAAUAUAUGUGCAUACCACAAAGUGGGCGCAACUUUAUUCUUUUGAUUGGCACUC